AUGGAACUGAUUCGAAACCACUUAGAAGUAUUAGCCGAGUUCUUGAAGCCCCGGAUGGAUUUCCUGAACUGCCACAUGGUUGAUUACCUGACAAAAGAUCAUUGGAACACGUUCAUUCCCUUGGACAUUAGGAACGAGCUUAAUACUAGCGAUGAUUUGAUUAAAGCUAAACAAAUUUUCUGGAAUCAAUUUAAUGGCGACUAUUUGAAGGCUUGUGGAUUCCCUGCGAUUACAAAGCAUAUUCAAAUUAUGAAGCGCUACCGCUUGGAUGCUCUUCCCGGUGCUUGUAUGGCUUUGGACGAUCUUAAAUUUGCUUUCAAUGCAUGCUUGAAGCAGACUCGUCUUAGAAUGCCAGAACUGAUGAGUACCAAAAAGUGUCACGAAGUGGAAAUUGCUUCUGCUGUGGUGGCCUCACUCUGUGCAGUCGUGGCGAGUAAGAACAGUUUGCCAAGUUUGGAUCAAGUCGCUGUAGUUGAUGCUGGCGAUGGCAAGGGAUAUCUAUCGUCUCGUGUAGCUCUGGAACAUGGGAUUAAGGUAUUAGGAGUUGAUUCUAAUGAGGGGCACACGGCUAGCGCAGAACAGCGGCGGGAUCGGUUGAAGAAAAAAGUCCGAGGAGCGGUGAAAAGAUCGAACCUGAACAAUGAUGAUUACUUUACCACAAUGCUUCAAGAUACGAACCGAGUGGAGCUCAACUACAAAACGACAACUAAGUUAAUUGAUUUUGAAACAGAUCUAAUAGAACUGGUUAAUGGCCAAUUCCCCGAUUCGAGCUCCAGUCACUUUUGUCUAGCUGGCCUGCACACGUGUGGCAAUCUGGGACCCAACUGCCUUAGGUUAUUUCACCAAAACCGGCAUAUUAAUGCCUUGUGUAAUGUUGGCUGUUGUUAUCAUUUGCUGGUGGAAGAAUUUGUACACGAUAGAUAUUACAAUCAGGACAAAAUAAAGGAUAAUCCAGGUUUCGGCUUUCCGAUGAGUGAUUGUCUUCGUGAUAAAGGUUUCUUCCUUGCGAGAAACGUUCGUAACAUGGCAGGAGAAUCUUUGGAGCGCUCGGCAGUGAACCAGGAAGAUCCCAGCGAUAAACUUGGUUAUCGUGCAAUGUUACAGCUUGUUCUACGGGAGCUCAAAGCGGACGAGGACAGUCAAGUAGGAAAGAUGAAGUGUAAGGAUUUUUUAGAUUACACCAGAAAAUCGCUCAAGCGGCUGCAAAUCGACGAUUCACCGAUUUCCGAUGAAUAUCUGACUGACAUGGAAGAAAAGUUUGAGGUGGAACUGAAACAGCUAAAAGUAUUUUAUCUUUAUCGAAUGACCUACGCACCCGUCGUUGAGGGUCUUGUGUUGUUAGAUCGUCUUCUUUAUUUGAAAGAACGUGGUUAUGAUAACAGUUUUUUGGUGAAAUUAUUUGACCCAGUCGUUUCACCACGCUGUUAUUCAAUUUUAGCAUUUAAAUGA